AUGGGCGCUGAGGCUGGUGAUAUCACAAACCAACCGCACAAGCUCGAAAGAACAAGUACCACCAUCUCAGAGGAUAAGGUCGCCUCUAAUGUAGGUACAAAUAAAAUUAAUAGGCCAGUGAUGGACGCCGCCUAUGUUGGGUGGAAGCAAAUCGGAAAUUGGGAAGAAAAGGAUGAAUUGACUCCGGAAGACUACCUACUGGAUUUGAAUAAGGAAACUAUCUUGAAUAAUAUUAUUCCAGAUAAUAUGUAUGGGGAUUGGUACCAUUCAGUAGCUGUAUUUUUUGUUGGUGGUCUCUUAUCAUUUGGUUUUGGAUAUUUCCAUUUUUCAUUUGGACCUGUGUUCUUCGUCGUACUUAUAACUGCUCUGUUAUAUAGAACCUCUGUGAAGAAAUACAGAGCUUCUAUUAGAGAUUUGGCUCAAAAGGAAAUUACGGUACAAAAAGUGGAAGACGAUUUUGAAUCAUUAGAAUGGUUAAAUAAUUUGUUAACAAAAUAUUGGCCUAUUAUUGAGCCUCAUGUGUCUGGAAUGAUUGUGCAACAGGUAAAUGAUAUCCUAAGAACAAAUCCAUCAAUUCCACCCUUUAUUAAAGCACUUUGGAUAGAUCAAUUUACUUUAGGGGUCAAGCCACCAAGAAUUGAUCAUGUAAGAACUUUCCAAAAUACAGCAAGCGAUGUCGUUGUCGUGGAUUGGGGUGUUUCAUUCACACCACAUGAUUUAUCAGAUAUGGAUGCAAAACAAGUAAGAAAUUACGUUAAUCAAAAAGUUGUCAUAAAGGCAAAUGUAUUUGGUGUCACUAUCCCAGUAUCAGUAUCUGAUAUAUCAUUCAAGGCAGACACCAGGGUUCGUUUUAAGUUAAUGACCCCCUUCCCACAUGUGGAAACCGUUAACGUUCAAUUAUUAGAAGUUCCCGAUAUUGAUUUUGUUGCUUCAUUAUUUGGUAACACUCUUUUCAAUAUGGAAAUUUUAUCUAUUCCAGGUCUUUUGCCGUUGAUCAACCAAAUGGCAAAGAAAUACAUGGGACCUGUACUUUUACCACCAUUCUCUUUACAAUUAAACAUUCCACAACUGAUUUCCCAAGCUAAUCUGGCUAUAGGUAUUUUAGAAAUUACAGUAAAGAAUGCCAAAAAUAUUGUACGUUCUUCCAGUAUGCUUAACGUGUCUAUUGAUCCAUAUUUAGCAUUUGAAUUAUCAGGUAAAAUUGUUGGGAAGACAAGAACUGUGAGAGAUACAUUGAAUCCUGUCUGGAAUGAAACCAUUUAUGUCUUACUUGAAACUUUUACUGAUCCAUUGACUAUAUCUCUUUAUGAUAAACGUGACAGAUUAAAGGAUAAAGUAUUGGGUAGAAUCGUUUAUAAUUUAAAUUCAUUGCAUGAUCAAAGAGAACAAAAGAAAAUUACUGCAUCUUUCCUAAGAAACUCUAAACCAAUGGGUGACUUAACUUAUGACUUGAGGUUCUUCCCAACAUUAUCACCAAAGAGAUUACCUAAUGGGGUAGUGGAAGAAUUACCAGAUUUGAAUACUGGUGUAACUAAAGUUGUCAUUGAAGAAGCAAGAGGGUUGGCUGAGCUUGGUACAAAGGUUAAUGCUUACGUGGAACUUUAUUUGAAUGCCAAAUUGGUUCUUUCCACGAAGAAGAUAGCCACAGAUGAAGAAGUUUUUGGAUGGAAUGAAGAAUACGAAGCUGUCAUUGUUGAUCGUCGUAAGGCCAGAUGUAAGUUUGUCGUUAAAGAUGGUAACGAUGAUAGUAUUAUCACAUCGACAAUUCAAUCAUUGAAUGAUCUGAUUGAUAGAACACAAACUGAUAAGAAAUUGAUUCCAUUGAAAAAUUCUAAAGGUGAAUUGAAAGUUACCACUUAUUGGAAACCUGCCGUUCUUGAUUUAGGUUCCACCUCAAUUGCUUAUACUCCACCAAUUGGUGCUGUUAGAGUAUUUAUUCAAAAGGCAGAGCAUUUGAAGAACUUGGAAAAGAUCGGUAAGAUUGAUCCUUAUGCAAAGGUUUUGGUUAAUGGUUUAUCUAAGGGUAGAACUGAAACAAGGGAACAAACAUUGAAUCCUGUAUGGAACCAGGCUAUAUAUGUCGCAGUAACCUCUCCAAAUCAAAGAAUUACCAUCGAAUGUAUGGAUGUGGAAACCGUCAAUAAAGAUCGUUCCUUAGGGAAAUUUGAUGUAAAUUUACAAGAACUAUUUGAAAAAGAUGAAUCAGACAAAUAUAUUCAAAAGUCUGAUAAUAAACCAAGGGUGGGGCGUUUAGUAAGUAAAAAAGGUUCUAAGGGUGAUGUUACAUAUACAGUUGCAUUCUAUCCAUCAAUGCCAAUUCUAACACUAGAGGAAAUCCAAGAUUUAGAAAAGAUUCAGAAAAAGAAGAAAGCCAUUGAAGCACGUAAGAAGUCAGUCAAAAUAACUAGUUUAUCAGCGGAUGAACAGCAAGAGAUAAAAGAGGACGAAGCUGAAAUUACCGAAUUGGAAAGUCUAUAUGGUGAUAAACAGAAGCUUGAAUUGGAUGAUUUGUUAAAGUAUAAAUCUGGUGUCUUAGCUAUGUCAGUGUUGGAUGGUAGUGUACCUGGUGCUGGAUAUUACGUCCAAGCUUUCUUUGAUGCAAAUGGACAUGCUCGUUUCACCAGUCCGGAAACGCAAUCAAAGGUUAUUAGAACUGGGUGGACUGGUGAUGUUAUGAUAAAGGAGCUUGAAAGUUCCAUGACAAUGCUUAAAGUUACCAAGAAAAGAAAUUCAAAUAAAGUGGAAAGUAUUGUGUGUUCUGUUACUAUCCCCACCUUAGAACUUAUCAAGAAAAGUUAUUAUAGGCCAUCAAUCCUAACUUUAUCAGGGGACGACAGUUCUACUCUAAUGGUACAAGUUUCCUGGUUCCCAAUAGAUGUUUCUGAGUUACCACAAGCUGAUUUGAUAUCAAAUUCCGGUGAUUUAACAAUCACAGCAAAGAGCGCAGAGAAUUUAUUACCUUCUGAUUUGAACGGGUUCUCUGAUCCAUAUCUGAAAUUCUAUGUAAAUGCUGAAAAGGGUGAACCUGCAUGGAAGACAAAGACAGUCAAGAAAACAUUGAAUCCAACAUGGAAUGAUACAGGAACUAUACAAGUGGGUAAUCGUAUGUAUGAUACGUUGGUCAUUAGGGUGAUGGACUGGGAUAGCACAAGUGCCGAUGACACGAUAGGUUGGGCCUCCCUUCCAUUAAGCCAAGUAGACCCCAAAGGAACAACGAGUAUAGACAUUCAAGUAGACGGAGAGAAUGGUGAGGAUGGUGGUAUUUUACAUCUUGAUUUUGAGUUCGAACCAAAAUACGUAACAACUGUUACCAAACGUGAAACUAAAGUUGGUGAUAUUGCCUCAAAGGGUAUUGGUACUGGUUUGAAAGCAGGUACGACGGUUAUUGGUGCUGGUCUGGGAACCGUUGGGAAACUCAGACAUGGUAUUUUUGGUGGAAAGAAAAAAAGUCAUAAAAGUGCGGAAGACAGCGAAUAA